UGCCCAAACUCUGGAAAGGAGGCUGAGGGAGCGUGUUGGGGCUGUAGAGUCUCCAGUGGUGGAGGCCCCUGAAGGCCUUGGACUGCUCUUUGCGGGGUUUCAGAUGUGUCUCGUUCUGGGGAACUGACCCUCUAGCUCCUCCAGGCUUCCAUCAGGAGGCGCUAGAGGAGGCCAGUGGCCAGACCGGUCAGUUCCGUUACAGGGACACAGUUGUCAGUGUGUCUGGAGGCCACAGGCCCCAGGUUCCUGGCAGCGUUCCCUCGUGGAGGUGGGGGGUGUCCCCGCCCCAGGACUGUGACAUGUCUCACGGGCAGACUCUGGCUGGAGUGGUGCAGGAAUCAUCACAGUGCAGCCCCUAGCCGUUGUUUAAAAGGCCUCUGUCCUCCAUGGAAGAGGACACUUCCAGCACAGUCUUCAGCUCAGUUUUUGAUCACUUAGUGGUUUUACCCUGGUCCAGUGUUUGGGGCAAGAGUUUGUGCCAGAGAUUGAUCCUUCAAGGCACGCCAGAGAGCCCAGCGUCGCCCACAGGCAGUUGAGCUGAGCCCAGGACCAAGGGCUUUGGGUCUCCGCUGCUGGCCCGUGCCAGGGUACCAUGGGCAGUGUGGGAGGUCGGGCUUGCUUUCAUGCCUCCUUGGUGGACUCGCUCUGGGACUCAGGACCCGGGACGUGGAUUGGAAUCUGGAUUGGGAGGGAAGGGAGGCCUCGGAUGGCUGGACCAGGGGGCACAACUGCACCAUGGAUCGGUCCCUCUGUCGGUGUUUGUAUGGUUCUGUGCCCUUUGGGGCUGGGGCUGGGGCUGGGGGGUGGAGGAGAGAUUGUGCUUGGAGGGAGGGCAGUUAGGGACUUCCUAAGAGGGAGUUUGCUGGAUUUAAAUCCUAAGAAUUUUCAAGCAAAUAAGGAGAAAUUGGUUUGAGGUAGGGGGGCCGUGGGGAGCCCUCCUGACCCCGUCGCUGGGGCCCCUGCCCACGUGUGCUUCCACCUGAUUGAGGCCUGCUGAUGGGCGGGCUGCAGCUUGCACUCUCCAGAGCACUUAAGGAUUCAUCCUCUUAUUUGUCGGGGAGGCUAUUCUCAUUGCUACUUAGAUUCAGAAGCGGAGGUACCGAGGGACAGGCAGGCCCCAGCUUGUGGUGCAGGAGCAGGCACCCACUCUCCCAGCCCCCUUUCACAUCAUCAGGUCAGCCAUACCUGAAAGUGGCUCUAAGAAGGCGGAUGGACACUUCUAACUGCCGUCGUCUUCUCCCCCAUCUCUGGGUGCAGGUCAGUUUAGCAUAAGCAAUUCACCACCCAUUACUGAGUGUCUGUGGCAAGUCGGAGCCUGUAAUGGGUGCCCUAGAUGGAUGGGCUCAGCCCUCUCCUCCUGGCUUUCCCAGGACUCACACCUUCCGCCAUGGAAAUUGCUUUUUCUAAUACAGCUGUCUGAUGGAGGCAUAGACAGUGUGCUGCGAGGGCCCAGAUGAAGCAGGCAGAGGCCUUUGAGCUGGGCCUUCAAAGGGGCCAGGAUUUCAUCUGAGGGCAUUGUGAGCAAAGGCUCAGAUGCAAGAAGCGGGCACCAGGUGUCCAGCAGGCGGUCAGAUGGGCUGCGUGGCCCAGGCCUCAGCCUGUGGCUCUGGGCUGGCUUUAGGCAAAGGAGGGUGUGUUUGAGUGCAGUCGGGGUCAUUCCUUUCUGCGCUGUCGCUUUCAAGGCUCCAGAGGCUUUGGCCAGUAGAGCUGAUCUGUCCCACUCUUCUACCCAUCUCCAGCCUUUCAGCCUGCAGACAAGGCUUUACCACAACCCCAAAGAAGGGGAUUCAUCAUCUGUACUAACUGAGUAAUCAUCUGGUUCCCCAGCGAUUCUGACUUAAUCGGGCUGGGACUGAGCCCAGGGCUUUGGUAAUUUCUGAAGCUUUCCAUAGUGAUUCUAUGCGCCUCUGGUGUUGAGAACCACGGCUCUGUACUGAUCUUCAUGCUACAGUGGUAAAUCGAGGCCCAGAGCGGGGCAAUGUCUUAUUCAAGAUCAUACGGUCAGUGGCAGAAUGAGGACUGGAAACCAUCACUGGACAUCUGGGCCAGUGUUCUUUCUGUUUGUGCACAAGGAACCAGGCAGAACAUGGCUUCCUGGGCCUCGUAUGGGGUGGGUUCUGCUACCUCUGCCUUGCUGGCCUGGGAUCUAUCCUAUUCCUGCUCCCAGCCCCGUUCUCAUCCAAGACGGCCCCCGGAUAGUCACAGCUGGUGGACUCGCAUCUUAUUAGAGAAUCCAGGAAGAGGAUGGGGGUGGUUCGUUGCCAGGGAGAUGCCCCUCUGGUGGUAGUUGGAGCGAGGGGAAAGCCAUUUCAUCCUGGGAACCCUCCUUCCCCUGUAAUGUACAGCUUCCAUUUGUACAGCUCCUUCUAAUUUGCAGACACUUUCACUUGCACUGUUACCGGUCUUGCUGAUGAUGGAAUGGAGUUGGUCAGUUUCUUUAAAACAUAAGUGGCUGGCUGGGAAUAGAAUUUGGGCACCCACCUGAUGAGUGCUGACUUGAUGGCAGUGCGAUGCUAGGUGCUCUGUGUUCAUGACCUUGGUGGCCCACAACCAGGGGCUCUUUUGUCCCCUGGAGGCAUUUGGCAGCACCUUGGGAAAUUUUUGGUUGUCACAACUCUGCGAGUGGAUGCUACUGGUGUCUAUCAAGCAGAAGCCGGGAUGCUGAUAAAAAUCCUACAUUGUCCACGAUGCCUCCUCCCUCACCAACAAAGAAUUUUCCAGCACCCAGUGCCAAUAGUGGCCAGAUUAAGUCCGGCAUGAACUCCUGGCAACCCUGGGAGGUGGCACUUGAAUCAUCAUUCUCGUUUAUAGAGGUGGAAACAGGGUUUGCACAGGAAAUUCAGCCUCUAAUCCCAGGCGUGUCUGAGUGCAAGACCCAGGCCCCUGCCGCUGACUUGGCCAGAUAAUAGAGCCGAGGCCUUCUCCUGCCUCCUGGGCUGCGGUGUUCUGGGUGGGUGGGGUGGGAAGGUGAGGGCUGAAGGAUCUUUGUGCCCCGGCCUCUUGCUGUGGUUUCAGCAGCAGCCAGAGGAGGGACUCGGGCUCUAGUUUUCCCUCCAUACCCCAGGUUUCUCUCUUGUGGGAAUCUUUGGGACCUUUGGCGUGAGUUAAAGGGUGGACAGAACCACAGUGUGGAGACGCUGAGCUGUGGAGCCAGAGCAGGCUCCCUGUCAGAGGGGUAAGGGCUGUGCUGGGCCCGUGCCCAGGGCCCUGGCUGCUCGGAGCAAAUGGAAGCCAAGGUCAUUCCUGGUCUCCAUCAAAGUGGAACUUGUCUCCCGAUGGGUGCUCAUGGGCCCCUCACAUUCUUCUACUCAUGAGCUGCCAAAAAGCCACAGCAGCCCACCCCCAAAGGAGCUGCUACCCGCCAGGGCUCCAGUCGGAGGACACACACCCAGAGGUAGGGACUUGGGAGGCUGGCAAGGGGAAGAGAGCCACGGGACAGAACAAGCUUUCUGUGACCACGCCCUAGUCACGGGUGGCACCAGCGAGGCCACGCACCACGGAAGCCCACUCUAAAUAGUCUCUUUGUUUAAAGAGUCUCCCUCCAGGCUGCUGGGCUCUCUGGCCCUAUGUAAAUAUCCCUUUAUAGAGGCAGUGGCCUCAUCCUAACCCCAGUAAGGGUCCUUUUUUCCUGUUUAGGGCUUUAAGCUUUUACAUUGCUGUGCUUUUCCCUCCUUAGUAACAGCCCCCGAGGUUGGUGUGGUUGUGGUUCCGGAUGGGGAGAGUGGGGCAGAGGCGAGGCAGGGCCUGAAACCGAAGGCGUCCGGCUCCGUCCAGCGCUCCCACCGCGUACGCCGCGUCUCCUCCCGCCCUCCAAGGAGUAGUGGAAGGGACCUGUCAGUAGGAGGAGGGUGUGGUGAUGGUGAGCGGACGAGGGCGCCCAGGUGCCUCCUGGCUCCCCAGCUGGGGGCCGGCAAUUAGGAAGGAGGAGGCCCACCGCGUUGACGGUCAUUUACCCAAUUGUGCUUUGUGGGAUAUUCAACCCAAGGAACGUGGCGCCCCUGGCCGAGCGUAAGAGGAAGCCCAAGUUCUCCAAGGAGGAGCUGGACAUUCUGGUCACGGAGGUGACCCACCACGAAGCGGUUCUCUUUGGGAGGGAGACCAUGCGACUGUCCCAUGCCGACAGGGACAAGAUUUGGGAAGGCAUAGCUCGGAAAAUCACCUCCGUCAGCCAGGUCCCCCGCUCCGUCAAGGACAUUAAGCACAGAUGGGAUGACAUGAAACGGAGGACCAAGGACAAGCUGGCCUUCAUGCAGCAGUCCCUGUCUGGCCUAGGGACUGGGGGCCGGGCCCCCACCAUCAUGCUCACUGCCCAUGAGAGGGCCAUCGAGUCGGCGCUGCUCACAGCCCGCUCCGGGCACGGCUUCCCCAGGGCAGAACUGGAUGGCACCGACAGCCCUUCGACCAGCUAUGAUGAAGAUGAGGAGAUGCCCGGGCCCUCGAGGCAGCCACUGCGGGUGCCCCUGCAGCAAUCACCGGAGGAAGAGGUCUGCCUGGCCAGGCCCACCCUGCUCCGCUCCUCCUCCUCCUCCGACCAGUCUGAGACAGUGGGCCCCAAGCCCGAGGCCCUGCCCCGGCCCUCGCCCCAGGCCCAGGCCGCCUGCAGGACCCCUCGGCCUCACGCCAGCCCGCCCAGCACGGGCCUUGACUGGCAGCUCCUCCACGCCCACGCCCAGCAGACUGAGGUGUUUCAGCAGUUCUGCCAGGAGCUGGUGACCGUGCACCGGGACAUGGCAAACAGCAUGCACGUCAUCGGCCAGGCCGUGGCUGAGCUGACCAGCCGCGUCAGCCAGAUGUGCCAGACGCUGUCAGAGAUCCGGGAUGGGGUUCAGGCAUCUCAGCGGGGGCCAGAUGGAGCAGCCCCCACGGGCUCUACCCGUCCGGCCGAGGCCUCCCCAGCCGAGCCCCCGGAGGCUCCCCCAGCGCCAGCCCCCGCACGGACUACCAGGUCUCGGAAGAGAAAGCACAAUUUCUAAGCCAGCCAGUCUGCACUGGAGGAAGAGAGAUGGAUUGAGACAGGGGCCAGUCUCUUGUGUCCAAGAUCGAUGACCCUUGCAGGGAAUUGGGGGGACGGUCACCUCCUCACCAAGUACAGGUCGGCUGUCCAGGGCUCUAACAGAGCACGUAUUCAGCCCUACUCCCUCAUCUUUGGCAGGUGCUCAAGAUGCAGGAAGAGCUACCUGCUUGAUGCUUGCUUGGCCUGGAUGGUCAGCCUCCUCUUGGUCUGCACCCCAUGGCAGCUGGCCUUGCAGGGAAGAGGGUAUUUAAGAGUGGGGAGCAUCUGAACGGAAUCCAGCUUUCCAUCCUCAGGGCUGCUGCAUCAGCCUCCCAGACCCUGAUUCUGCUGCUAUCAAAGGGGGUGAGGCCUGAGGUUGGCCAAGCAGAGCUCGGCCCUUCCAGGAGGGGUCUGUCCUCCCCUCUGAGCCCCAGGGGGUGGUGCCCCCGCCUUGGCCCUCCGCUUGCCCGCGCGUGCGCGUGUGCUCAGCAGUGCUCAGCUGCAGUGCUUGCCUUUUGUGGAGCAGGGAGAAGAAUGGGGUGGCGUUGGAGGAAGGGGGUGGCUACCUGGCGUUCUAAGAGCACUUUAUGCUUCUCCCUGCACUCGCAGAUGUGUGAUCUCAGUGGGUCCUCAGCACAGCCGGAGAGGCAGCCAAGUCCGGUAUUAGUAUCAUCAUUAUUACCAUCAUCAUCUGCAUUUCAUAGAUGACAAAUGAAGCAGCAGUCAGUUGAGGGGGCCAGGACUGGAAGCCAGGUCUGUGGAUUUUUCCAGCUCCCCAUCAGAGGCUAGAUCUGGACUUGCGGGGUGGGGAGCGGGGCGGGUGUUGCUCCUUGCCUGCCCCUGCCCAGCUCUCCCCGGUGUGAGUGGGAGGCAACAGCAGCAUUUACGAGGUGAGUGCAUCCCCUCAGCAACACCCUGGCACUAACACUGACAGCCAGUGGCUGGAGAGAAGCAGGACCCGAGUCUCAGGAUUCAGAAGGUGUCCCCUCCUCUGGCUUCUAAAAGAACCCAGAGUCCAGCAGGGCUCCUGUCCUGUUCCAGGUCCCAGCAUGCCUUGCCUCUGCUUGCUUGGGCUGCAUAUGCAUUGGCUACAAAUGUCUCGAGGCUUCAGGUUUGGUUCUGGAGUGUGGGGAGGGAGCCGGGUUCUUAGAGUAAGGGAGGGAGGUGGCGGGUGGCAGAUAAAGGCUUAGCUCUGAUGUGGGUGCAGCUUAGCUCUGUGUCCUCUUUGCUCCCUGGCCUGAGGCUGACCCUGGCAGAAACUCUCAUCCUCUGACCCCCCCACCCUUUCACACCUGCCCCCCGAGAGCCAUAGCUGGGGCUGGGAGGACUGCUAUGCCCAGUGCCUGCCGUGGCCGCUCCUGGAGUGCUGCUUCUAACCCCAGCCCAAGCUUUGCCCUGUGUAGGGAGAAUGGAGGGCGACUGCCAUGUCCCUGUGUCCUUGGCUCCUUCUCCCCAUUCUGUGGUUCUUCAGGGGUUCCUGCUCCCCCAAACUGAACACUCCCCUGUCCGACAGCCCGAUGGCUUGACUAUUGCCUGGCAUUGCCCUGCCUUCUGAUGCUGGAAUCAAAGAUUGCCUUCCCAAGUAUUUUGUUAAGAUGGCAAUAAAAAGAAAUUGAUCUCACACUUGGAACA